AUGGGAGUCCGCAGGAACACGGGCUACGCCCAUGUCCCGCCGGACGUCAAACACUACUACUACGACGACGAAAACAAUGACAACGACGACGACGACCUCGUCUGGUCUGGUACCAGGGUGAAAUACCACGACAGCAGCGCCAGCGCACAGAGCGAGGCAGGAAUGGCACAGAUGUUGGGUCGCAUAUAA